CAUCCAUUUUCACGUGGUUUUCAAUUCUUUCUAUUCCAACUCAAAAGUUCCGUGACCAACUCCUCUUCUCUCUUUUAACAUCCACACAUACAUUCAUACCCCUCUUAGAUCUUUUCAGCCUUAUCUGUUUGCUAAUUCUUUGAUUUGUUCAUUGUUGUUCCAUUUUUUUGUUUUAAUUUCUUAAUUGAAUUUAGAAUUUUGUUUGCAAAAAGGAAAAGAUGAAGGGAAAUACUGGAAACCCAUUAGCCUUAACAUCCCUGAAUCACAUCUCCCUUGUUUGUAGAUCAGUUGAGCAAUCCAUUGAAUUCUACAAGAAUGUUCUUGGUUUUGUGCCUGUUAGGAGGCCUGGAUCGUUCAAUUUUAAUGGCGCUUGGCUGUUUAGUUACGGAAUAGGGAUUCAUCUACUUCAAUCGGAAGAUCCUGAGAAAAUGCCAAAGAAAACUGAAAUCAAUCCCAAAGAUAACCAUAUCUCUUUCCAGUGUGAGAGCAUAGAUGCAGUGGAGAAGAAGCUGACAGAAAUGGGAAUAAAAUACGCGAGGCAGUUAGUGGAAGAAGGAGGCAUAUAUGUGGAUCAAUUAUUUUUCCAUGACCCAGAUGGUUUCAUGGUUGAGAUUUGCAACUGCGACAACUUGCCAGUGAUACCGCUGGCUGGUGAAAUGGCUCGGUCUUGCUCAAGGGCUAAUCUUCAGUUGCUUCAACCUCAGCAAUCGCAGCAGCAGACCGUAGCACAAGUCCCAGUGAUCAAGCCUUAAAAAGGAGAGCUUAUUUUUCAGUGUCACAUACUUUGUACUCAUCUUCAUGUAGCAGGAUCGACACUUGAUUAAUUACCUGAAGAUGUUUCUUACUAGUAUUUGUUUUUAGCGACUAUUUUAUGUGUGUUUGCGUCUUUACUCAAGGUUGUUGGUAAUAAGACGAAUUGGCAAUUGUCCAGAUUUGGAGUUAUGUAUGAGCUGGUCUCACUGAUUCCUUAA